ACCAUAACCCCUUUCACCUUUUAUAAUCCCCUUUCACCUUUCAGAUAUCCUGUCAUUCCCUACUUGUUUCCGACGACUAACCAACUAACCAAGAAAAAUGAGCAACGACUACGAAUAUCUCGGCAAUGAUAGUCAGAUGCCUCCACCUCCACCCCAAACGCCAGUAGCUCCUCGUCCACCAAAGAAUGCUCAUCCGGAUCUUCUCAGUGGUCUUGAUGCCACUCCAGCACUGAAGGCUAAUGAUGACGUUGACUUGGAGUCAAAUCGACCUCCACGUAUGGAUCUCAACAAUUUGAGCUUUUCGGAUGGUGUCAAUCCGAAGAGAUCUGAACAAUCGGUGGUUCCAAUAUCGCGGUCUUCGGAAAGUGAUGAACACGUGCAGAAUAAUGGCGCAAAAAAUAAAAAGAAGUACAAAAGGAAGAAUUCAAAGUUUGGAACUUGUUGGUGUUGUUUUGCAGCUGUCACGAUCUUCCUUGCUGUCAUCUGCAUUCUUGGUCUUGGAGCAAUGUUGCUUUUGAAUGAAUUCUUGGCGGAAGAGGAUACAAAGAGUGAUGCCUUGACUGGAGGAUCUAACACGACCAACACCACGACAGCACCUCCAGCUACUAACUCCACUCAGAUUAUUUCCACUUUGAGGCCUCCGCUGAACCGCUCUACCAGUUCUACAGAUGUGAAAGAGAACGGCACAACGCACGUUACAUCUGCCAAUUUGACAGGAACAACGAAGAUCCCUGUGAUUGUCACUACUAUCGGAUUCACCAUUACCUCCACAGAUCCUCCUCCAACUACAAACUCAUCAAAUUCAACUGUGGAAUCUGUAACUUCAGUUAUUCCCAUCAAUAGCUCAACUGUUCCUGUCUUGAAUACUACGCUUCAAACUUCUACGCUCGCUGAAAGUUCAUCCCAAUCUGUUGUCACUGUUGCUGUCACUGAUGCUAUUGUUGCCAAUUCAACUGAUAUCCCGGAUCCGAUAACUGCCAAGCUAAAUGGAACGGCAUCCACUGCAGAUCGUGAUAAUGCAUUCGAAGAUGGAGAAGACUACUAAGAGAACUGAUAUACUAACAAUUUUUUAAAUAUUUAUGGAAUGAAAUGCUUUUGAUAAUUUUUUACUAGGUUCGC